GAAGUGCGCGCCCAGGGACGGCAGCCAUGUUUCCUUGCGCUUCUGUUUCGGUGGAAGGGGGGUUUUUUUUGUCUGUUUUGUCCUGCCUGGUCCAUUAUUAAGUGCAGCCCACGAGACUAAGGGCGCUGCUCUCGCUCUCCUGCGCAGUCCUGACUUCCUCUAGCCGGGCUGUGCCUGGGGUUUCCCGUCCUCGCCGCCGUCGCCGCUUUCUUGCUCUCUCCACGGCCGCUUUCCUGCCACCGCCGCUUUCUCCGAGAGCCCUGCCCACCCCGCGCGCGUCCACCUGGUCCGGGAUCGGGACAGCGGAGGUGGUGGACUGGAUCUAGGUCGCUCGAUGCAUGAACAGGGCUGGAUGCUUCUCCUGCUUUUGAGCCAGUGAAUUCCUCCAUCUGUGAUCUUGUUACCAGAAGGAAGAGGCCUGUAGAGCUUCAUGAAGAAUGCAGAUCCCAGGUGUGGUAUAGGGAGAACUAGUCUAGUCCAGGCAACUGGGGACCUACAGUGACUAUCUUGCACAUCCCUGGAAUCACAAAUAAGGAUUGCAGCUGCUCUUACAGGCAAACCAUUCAUCUGCCUCCAAACUGCCUAGUGGCUCUGCUUCCACUCCCAUUCCUUUUACUGAAGUCACUUCUUGGGUUUAGAGAGAACAUUCACUUAGACUUCCAGAAACUGGAGCAAGGAAAUGGACUCAGUGGUCAUUGAGGAUGUGGCUGUGGACUUUACCCAGGAAGAGUGGGCUUUGCUGGAUCUUGCUCAGAGAAAACUCUACAUAGAUGUGAUGCUGGAAACCUUCAUAAACCUGGCCUCAGUAGUUUCUCGAAACCUUAGUGAUGGAGAAACGUUUUCCAGUGAACAUACAAUAGUGCGAUUCAUGAAGAAUGACACCUGGUCCUCCAUGUUAGGAGAAAUCUGUGAAUUUCAUGGCAUUGAAGACAAACAUAACAACCAAGAGAGUUAUUUGAGAAGGCAUAUGGUAGAGAACCUCCAUGAAAAUAAUGAAGGUAAUCAGUGUGGAAAAACUUUCAGUCAGAUGCCAAAGCUUUCUGUGUUCAAAAGAACUACUGAGGUAAAUCCUUCAGAGUGCCUUGAGAGUGGAAGAGUCUUCAUAGAUCAUUCAUCACAUAAGCAUUGUAUCAGAUCUGGAUGCAGUACCUGUCAGUGUAAGGAAUAUGGAGAAGCCUGCAGUUGUCAUUACCUAAGCACUCCUGUGAAUAAUCUUAGUGGAGAGAAACCUUAUGAAUAUCACCAGUAUGGGGGAGAUUUCUGUAGAUUCUCAUCCUUUCAGACACAUGUGAGAGGUCAUAAGAGUGAAUAUAAAGAAUGUUGGAAAAUCUGUCCCUCAUCACUCACUUUACAUAAAAAAUUUCAUGGAGAUAAGCCUUAUGAAUGUAAAGAAUGUGGCAAAGCCUUUCGUCAUUCGUCAGCCCUCAUUACACAUAUAAGAACUCACAGUGGAGAGAAACCUUAUGAAUGCAAGGAAUGUGGGAAAGCCUUUAGUGAUCCCUCAUCUCUUACUACACAUGUAAGAAUUCACAGUGGAGAGAGGCCUUAUGAAUGUAAGGAAUGUGGAAAAGCCUUUACUAAUUCCUCAGCCCUCACGAGACAUAUAAGAACUCAUAGUGGAGAGAGACCUUAUGAAUGUAAGGAAUGUGGGAAAGCCUUUAGUGAUUCUUCAUCCCUCACUGCACAUAUAAGAAUUCACAGUGGAGAGAGGCCUUAUGAAUGUAAGGAAUGUGGGAAAGCUUUUAGUAUUUCUUCAUCCCUCACUACACAUAUAAGAACUCACAGUGGAGAGAGGCCUUAUGAAUGUAAGGAAUGUGGGAAAGCCUUUAGUGGUUCCUCAGCUUUCACUACACAUGUAAGAACUCACAGUGGAGAGAGGCCUUAUGAAUGUAAGGAAUGUGGGAAAGUGUUUAGUCAGUCCUCAUCUCUUAUUACACAUAUAAGAACUCACAGUGGCGAGAGGCCUUAUGAAUGUAAGAUAUGUGGGAAAGUCUUUAGUAAUUCCUCAGCCCUCACUACCCAUAUAAGAGUUCACACUGGAGAGAAGCCUUAUGAAUGUGAGGAAUGUGGAAAAGCCUUUAGUCAUUUCUCAAACCUCACUAAACAUAUAAGAACUCAUAGUGGAGAGAGGCCUUAUGGAUGUAUGGAGUGCGGGAAAGUAUUUAGUCGUUCUUCACACCUCAUUAGACAUAUAAGAACUCACAGUGGAGAGAGGCCUUAUCAAUGUAAGGAAUGUGCGAAAACCUUUACUGACUCCUCAUCCCUCAGUAGACAUGCAAGAAUUCACAGUGGAGUGAGGGCUUUUGAAUGGAAGCAACGUGGAAAAGAUUUUAUUCACGCUUCAGUGCUUAAUGAACAUCAUUAACCUCCGAGUGGAGAAACUUUUUGGUUGUAAGGAAUGUGAGAAACCUGUUACUCAUCCUUCGUAUUUCACAGAACACAAAAGAAGACAUAAUGGAGGAAACUGUAUGAAUGUAAGUAAUGUGGCAAAGUUUUUAGUCAUUCCUCCUUCUGUAGGCAUAUAAAGUGGAGAGUGUCUUUAAUGGAUGCAAGGGAUGUGGAAAGUCUUCAGAUAUCCCUCAUUCUUUAGAACGCAUGAGUAGGUAUACUGGAGAGAAACAAUGUAUGUCUUAAGUAAUGUUAGAUAACAUUCAUCCAUCAUCUUUUCCCAAACCUGAAAGUAGAUCCAUGGCAGAGAAACCACGGAAAUGUAAGGAAUGUGGCAAAAUUUUGGGUUUUCUUCACAUACUUUUUAAAGACAAUCAAAUUCACUCAUAUGGAAAAACCAAAAAAGCCAAAAGAGUUGUUGUAGAGUUGAUUCUGACUCAUUGCGACUCUAUAGGACAGAGUAGAACUGCCCUGUGGGAUUUCCAAGGAGUGGCUGUUGGAUUCGGACUGCUGACCUUUUAUUUAGCAGCUGAGCUCUUAACCACUGCACCAUGGAAAAGCCUUGCUUAACUCACCCAACUGAACUUGAGAGAAGUGACACUGGAGAGACAUCAUGUAAAUAUAAGGUACCUGGAAACGUCUAUGUGUGCUUUUCCAUUCUUAGACAACAUGUGAGAUAUUAUACUGUGGAUUGAUCCCGUGAAUGUUAAAGAUGAGGGUAGACUUCAGUGUCCCUCCUCUCUCAAGGCCUCAGAUGCUGGAGAGACUGUGUGACUGUAAGCAUUGUGUAAAAACCGUUGAUCAUAUUAUUUCCCUUCUUGUGCCGAAGGAAAUUCAUACGAGGGGAGGAAUCUUAACAGAGUUACAAAUGUGGAGUUUACCACUGCCUUAUCCACAGGGGCAUUAAUUUCUACUUUAUAUUUUCUGAUGUAAACAUUAAGGUGAAAAAUAUCCUUCUUAAACCCACUUUCAGUUCUAUGGCAUGAAUUUUGAUAAGUAUAAUUUGUGUUUUAUUUAUAUAAAACUUAUCUUCAUUAGAAUGUCUCAUCAACACAUUGGUGUUUUGAAAUGUUUUCUGUGAUUAAUUACCAAGUUUCAACAUUUUAUCAGUGUAUAAAGCGAUAUGUUCUCAUUGUGGAAAAUUUGUUUUAACAGACACAAGGGUAUGGAAAAGCAAAAAUCAUUAGAACUUCACCACUCUUGUUUCUGGUAUUUUCUUUCAACCUUCCUUGUGUGCAAAGUAAUGUUAUUGACAGAAUUAUUGUAUGUUCAUAGUUGUAGCGGACAUGUUUUGCAUCGCAUCUACUUCUCCCACCUGCUGUGAUUUUUUUCCUGGGUUAUUGUUGAGAAAACUGCACAGAAAGUUUUAACCGUAUUUCCCACCAGCUCACAGAAGAGUCCUACUCUCAAAUGGCAGUGCGAGUAGCAGUAUUUGCAUGGAAGGACAGCUCAUUCUGGAGUCCAAGGCAAUGAAAUGACGCCAAGAGCACGAGCUGUAAAGAAAAAAAUGGAUAAAUUGAGAAGUUAAAAACUUGUGGCUCAAAAGAUAUUAUCAAGAAAUUGAAAAAACAGCUGCCAGAAUGGGAUAAAAUAUUUGCAAAUUGUAUCUGCUAAGGACCUAAUAUCUAAAAUAGAUAAAGUCUUACAACUAAACUUAAGAGACAAAACACCCAAUUUAAAAAUGGACAAAGGACCACAACAUGGAUAAACCUUAAAAAUUUUAUUUUAAAUGAAAGAAGGCGAGCACAAAA